GGAACUUAGCGCUUUAUUUCAAAUGACAAGUCCCGACACAAAUAAUUCACUCGGCCCAGCACAACGCAGCACAAAGCAGCCAUCCUUGUAGCCAGCAACCAUGGCAUUCAACGGCACCUGGAAAGUAGAAAAAUCUAAAAACUUAAGCCAGUUCCUGGAGAAAAUGGAGGUCAACAUCGUGAAGAGGAAGCUGGCUGAGCAUGACAACCUGAAACUCAUCAUCAACCAGACGGGAGACAAGUUUCAGAUAAAGGAGUCCAGCACCUUUGGAACCAAAGAGAUUGAGUUUACUCUAAAUGUCCCAUUUGACUACACCUUAGCAGAUGGAACUGACGUUAAUGGAACAUGGGUGAUGGAGGGAAAUGUACUCAAAGGGCAGUUCACCCGGAAGGACAACGGAAAAGUAGUGACGACCACCAGGGAAAUCACUGGAGACGAGCUUAAACAGAGCUACUAUUACGAGGGUGUGAAUGCAACCAGGACCUUCAAGAAGUCAUAACUGUUCUCCGAAUGUCUCCUUCGUGUGCCCCUCGGAAAUUCUGGCAUAACUUCAAACAGGAUUGCUGCAGAACACUUAACAUCUCAGACGGUCUUCCACGCAGUUCAUAUGUUGUAAAAACAUGAGGCAGGUGCAGCAGUUUUUCAUUUGUGACAACAUUCUCCCAUGCUCUUUCUCUGAUGUUCUUGAAUCAAAUUGAAUUGAAUUCCAUUCUCCGUUGUUUGGACUAAAUGUAUUUCAAUGCAAGAACAAAGACCAAUAAAUUGUCAAUAUGCGAUCUGA